AAAUUGUUGCACAGGGUGGGUAAAGAAGCAAGUUAGAGGGGCAAAGGGGAGAAGCGAGUAGUAACUGUGUGGCAAAACCGAAAAGGAGGGAGCCGUAAAAAAGGCGCAAAAUACGCCCAAUGCCCUCUUAUAAAUUCCAAAAAACCGACUCUUCUUCCGCAAUCCCCUCCCCUUCCCUCAAAACCUUAGACGACAUGGACUCGGAUCACCCAUCGUCCGAUCAACACCUCCAUCUCCACGAUCUCAGAGCCCUCAAGGUACUCGGAAAAGGAGCCAUGGGCACCGUGUUCCUCGUCCACGACCGCCUCGCCGAUGAACAUGCUUCUUCCCCCUUCGCCCUUAAGGUCGUCGAGAAAGCCUCUUUUGUCUCCAAGCACGACGCCGAGCGCCGAGCCCGUUGGGAGAUUCAGGUUCUUUCCCGCUUGUCCCUCCCCGAACCCCACCCCUUCCUCCCCAACAUUCUUGGAUCCUUCGAGUCCGACCAGUUUCUGGGCUGGGCGGUUCCCUACUGCCCCGGCGGCGACCUCAACGUCUUGCGUUACCGCCAAUUCGAUAGGGUUUUCUCGCCGGCCGUCAUACGCUUCUAUUUGGCUGAGAUCGUCUGCGCGCUCGACCAUCUCCAUGCCAUGGGCAUCGUCUACCGAGAUUUGAAGCCGGAGAAUGUCUUGAUUCAGCAAUCGGGUCACGUAACUCUCACGGAUUUCGAUUUGUCGCGUAGCUUGAUCCGGAGAGCUGUAAAAGACGUCGUUGCCCACGAGAAGCCACCCGUCGUCCGGCAAAACCACCGCCGAUAUUUGUCGCGAUGGAUCAUGGCGUCCCCCAACGUUAAAGACGGCCUGAGGAAGGCCAAAUCGGCUCGCGUCAGCCCCGUCAGCCGACGGAAGCCGAGUUUCACCAAUGGCGAGCGGUCGAAUUCGUUCGUCGGCACGGAGGAGUACGUGUCGCCGGAGGUCGUUCGCGGCGAGGGACACGAAUUUGCUGUCGACUGGUGGGCCCUUGGAAUUCUCACGUACGAGAUGCUCUACGGUACGACGCCGUUUAAGGGGAAGAACCGGAAAGAAACGUUUCGGAACGUUCUGGUCAAAGCUCCGGAGUUGAUCGGGAAGCGUUCGGACCUAACGGAUUUGAUCGAACGGUUGCUGCAUAAGGACCCCACCAGGCGGUUGGGCUACGUACGCGGCGCGUGUGAAAUCAAGGAGCAUGCCUUCUUUCACGGCGUUAAGUGGGACCUAUUGACGGACGUCACGCGACCGCCAUUUUUAACGUCGCGAGAAGAAACGGAAUGGACGGAGAAAUUAACGCCCGGCGGCGUGGAUAUAAUGGAAUACUUCCAUAGACAGAGGUCGCCGCCGUCGUCUCCGUCGACCUCUUUCAGUUGGCAGAAUAACGACACAUCUUUAACGGAAUUCUAACCCCCCACGUGUAAGAGUUUGAUAUUAAUUCUUUGGGCUCUGUGUAAUUUUAAUGUACAUAAUAAAAUAAAUGGUAGAAAGUACGUGAGGAACGGCGUUAGUGAAAUUGAUAAAUGUUAAUAUGGCUGUUAAGGUAAUAAUAGGCAGAAGAAUUGGUACUGUGAA